GACCCACUUCAAAUUUCAACGACUCUUUUCGUUGUAAACCUAUCCUUUCACACUCUUUUCUGUUUGUAUACUCUAAUUAGUUCCCUGAAUUCGUGCGCAUGGGUCAUUGUGAAAUAGUGUGAAUUACUCGUGAGAAGGAAAAGGCGAAAUUAGAAAGUGCAGCAGACCAAACUAGUGAUGGGUGGUGUACACGUCUUUGGUUUUGACCAACGACGACAGCGACAGACAAAGAUUUUUCAUCAUACAAAUCCUUUCCUUGUCUUUAUAUUUUCUUUUAAUUUAAUAUCCUCUGUUGCUUCUUGUAAUUUUCUCUGUUUUUUCCUUGUUCUCCUUCGCUCCAUAAAGAUUUAACUCUUAUUGCUUAAUCGGACAAGAAACCUCGAUCUCUCUAAUGGGAAAUUGCUUGGAUUCUCCUGCAAGAGUAGAUAACAGAGAAAGCUCUUUUGGAGGGUCAUCGAAAAUUUCUCCUAAACCGAGUCAGCCAUCUCGACUCUCAAGCCUCAUAAUACCCUCUUACAGCAACAGAAGCUUCACUAGUUCAUGGUCAGUUCAUACACCAAGACGUGAAGGAGAGCUCUUACCUUCUCCAACACUAAAGGCCUUUACAUUCAACGAGCUCAAAACCGCCACUAGAAACUUCAAACCCAACAAUCUUAUCGGUGAAGGCGGUUUUGGUUAUGUCUAUAAAGGUUGGAUUGGUGAGCAGUCUUUGUCGCCUUCGAAACCAGGGUCAGGUAUGGUUGUUGCAGUCAAGAAACUUAAAUCAGAAGGGUUUCAAGGACACAAAGAGUGGUUGACUGAGGUUCAUUAUCUAGGGAGGCUUCAUCACAUGAAUCUUGUGAAGCUCAUUGGAUUUUGCUUGGAAGGAGAGAAGCGGCUUUUGGUUUACGAGUACAUGCCCAAAGGAAGCCUUGAGAAUCAUCUGUUUAGAAGAGGCGCAGAUCCGAUUCCGUGGAAGACUAGGAUGAAAGUUGCAAUAAGUGCAGCUAGAGGACUUGCUUUCCUCCACGAAGCUAAAGUCAUAUACCGUGACUUCAAGGCCUCUAAUAUUCUACUUGAUUCGGAGUUCAAUGCAAAGCUAUCUGAUUUCGGAUUAGCAAAAGCAGGACCAACAGGAGAUAGAACCCAUGUGACAACUCAAGUGAUGGGAACACAAGGCUAUGCUGCACCUGAAUACAUAGCAACGGGCCGUUUAACUGCCAAGAGCGAUGUCUAUAGCUUUGGAGUGGUGCUGCUCGAACUACUCUCGGGACGUCCCACGGUAGAUAAAUCGAAAGUAGGAGUGGAACAGAAUCUGGUGGAUUGGGCAAUACCUUAUUUGGUGGACAGGAGAAAAGUGUUUAGAAUAAUGGACACAAAGCUUGGAGGGCGAUACCCUCACAAAGGGGCUUGUGCAGCAGCCAACGUUGCAUUGCGGUGUCUUAACACAGAAGCUAAGCUGAGACCGGAGAUGUCUGAUGUCUUGUCUACUUUACAACAGCUUGAGACUUUGACAAAGACGGGCUCUACUCCAAACGCAAUCAUGUCUCCUUCAUCUGUGUCGGAGAAUCGCGUGAGAUCUCUACGUUUAAGGUGAGAAAGAAGGAGAUUUAGCGACCCUUUUGAUUCUGUAAUAUAUAUUUUUGCAAAGUGUGUUGAACAGUUUUUUAGCUUCUCUAGGAUCAUAGGUUUUCUGGUUGGAAAUGUAUAGAGGUACAUAUAUAUAUAUAUAUAUAUAUAUAUGGGAAUGUAAAUGAAAACGUAGGUUUUCUGGUUGAUAUUAAAAUUUGUGUGACCGAUGUAACAUUUAUGAAAUAUAUGAGUUUACAAUACAUAGCAGAUAUAUGCUUAAGGGUGGGAAUGCAAAGUAUCAAAUGAAUUUUCUGUUUUAUAAGAGGACAUAAAGAGAUUCAUAAGCGCAUAUGAUUAAUGAUUUGUAAUCUUUAUAUCAGUUAAGUUCUGUCCCUACUUUCUUAAAGCUUCUUAUCAUUAGUAUUCACAUCAUCAAAGCAAAAAUGUGCUCUAGAAAUUAAGAGUGACGGGGACUAGAUGUAGUCUUAUUGAAAUUGCUCUCCAGGUUUGAAAAUAAGACUUGUUUGAUAUUCUAUGGAUAGUGAGGAACUUAGACAUGUAAGAUUAUAAGUAUUCAUUAUGUGAUCUGUGUAAACUAAUAUAGGUAAGCCUAGAGCCCUUACCGCUCAAUUGGUACUAGAAAAUAACUUAUAAGGAGUUAAGGACUAAAAAAGAAAAGCGUAAACAGUGCCCUAUGAGGAUACAUAAGAAGAUUUAUUGUGCUCUACAGCCACCUUACAAAAAAAAAUUGAGCAAAUAGUAUAUUUCCAACCAAACUAGUCUAUUGAACUGAAAGUACCAAAUGAGUCCAGGAGUUCCCCCAAACACUUCAGUGGAAUACAUUUUGAUAGAAAAUAAACGGUAUCUCCAAUGAAGUGCUCAGAGGAACUCUAGGAAACAUCUGACCAAAUAAUGUUUCUUUUCUUCUCUAUAUAUAUUUUGGUGGCAGGUAAGUUUGGUUUACAAGAGUAUUAUGGUUUGAAAAGUUUGGAGGGAUUGACGUUUAUAUAUAUAGAGUUGGAGGCAUUGUGAACUUAGACGUGAAUUCAGGUUAAGGGGUUUAGGUGAAGGAAUCAAAUAUUUCAAGAAAAGUUCAUAUAAUCUUUUUACCUUUCAUCAGCUUUUUACAAGAUAAGAAGGAUCACACUAUACACGCGUAGAUGCCAAUAAACGUACAUGUACACUCAUAUACAUGCAAAUGUACACAUGAAUGCUUUGCUUCUGUUGUGCCAAUAUGUACUACUCUCCAGUUUUAGGAUACAUUAUCAAGACAUAAGAAGACUAAUAUUAGAGCGGACUUUUUUUACCAACUUGACAUUAUGUUGGAAUUCAACCUUACAGUCUAUUUCUGAUCUUUUUCUUCUGUAUAAAUGUCUUUGUUGUCUGUAAAUUUGUAGAUGUUUUUUUUUAACUUAUUGGCUAUUGCCAUCCGUUGAUAUUUUAUGCAGACUAUCUGACUGAAAAGUGAAAACAUGUCACUGAAUUUGUUAGGUAGAAGGAAAAAAAAAACGUUUGACUUGGAUUUCUAUUGAAAAGAAGAGUUGUAAGUUGGGACAAAGAAAAAUCUAUUAAAAGCCCAAGGUAUUUGCAGGCCCAUCCGUGCCCAAUAAUAGUUUUAAAUCCAGUUGCGUCUUUUUGUUCCUACGCUUGACAAUCCCACAUCGGAUAACAGGGACUAAGUUGCAGUAGAAGUUACAUUACAAAUACAGGUCUCACUCUCCAAACGAAAAUCACGCAGCCAUGUGGUGAGCACAAAGCGAACUAUUCUUUCGCCUUUUACUAAAGAAUACCGUGUGCUCUCCACGCUUUAAGUGGCAUACGCCUAUUUUUGGAGGGUCCUGCUUUCGAGUGGGCCCAA